AUGGUGCAGCUACAAGCAGCGAUGUUGAAGCAGUUAGACAAGCAUGCAGAUGGCGAAAGGAGUCCGGAGACAGUCAAACCUGGAACCCAGGCUCUACCUCCUCUGAAGGAAGUCACGGCCGAGACGGCCUGCGUUGACAUAAUGGAUUGGUUGGAGAUGAUCGAUGGCCCGAUGUCUGACCUUUCAGAUAGCAGUGCUACGUGGUGGCGCAAGGUCAUGAUGGAAGCCAACAGAGCAUAUGGAGUGUGGUCUCUUGCGAGUCCGAUGGACAAGCUUUCUGUGGAGCCGAGCGUCUUGGACCUUGAAGAUGGCAAGGUCACGCGUCUUAAUAGCCGAGCUGCGGCCAUGAUAGUCAAUGCACUCCACGAGGGUGUCAGGCAAGAAGUGGUGGCGAGGAGGCUGGCGGGCUCUACGGUGCGUUUGGUCUUCAGGCUGUUAACCUUGUAUCAACCGGGAGGUGAAGAUGAGAAGUUCAAGAUUUUACAAAAUCUUCAAUCACCUCCUCUUGAACAUGAUCCAGCGCGUGCUGUCACAGCUUUGAGGUCGUGGAGUAGAUGGCUGAGGAGGUGUCGUGAGCUUGGCGUCCAAACACCGGAUCCGAGCUUGUUGGCCCGAGGACUGAACAACCUGGUGAAAGCCGUUCUUGAAAAGAGCCAGGACGCCAGCUUCCGCACAGCCCUUGUGAAGUCAACGCUGCAGGUUGAUACAAACCCGAGCUAUGACAAGAUCGACAGCUACUUCAAGCAUUUGGUGGCGGAGUGCGAAGCUUUGGCUGUUGCAACCACACCUACUACCAAUGCCCCGAACGCCAAUGGAAGGCCUGAACCAAAGCUGAGACCCAUGAGGACUGAUGCAAGGACCCAGAAUGGACAACAGCCAACGACUACUCCGAGGCCGCCAUCUCCUUCACCUACUACAACUUCGAACGAGGAUGGCAACAAGAGCGGCACUCCCAAAUCCGAGGUGCCCUGCAGAUUCUUCGGAAAGACGAACAAGGGCUGCAUCAGAACGUCAAAGUGCCCAUUCAAGCAUUCGUGGGAAGGCUUGGACAAAAGGGACAGAUGCAUGAACUGCGGCGGCAAGGGUCACCCCUCCAAGGAGUGUCCGGCUAAAAAGUCACCACAGAAUCCCAACGGCUCGUCAGGGCGCGACAACAAGGACAAGCCUUCGUCAUCUACUACGACCCCUGCUACGAAGACGGUCAAGAUCGACGAAAAGCCGGAGGUCAGCCCAAUACCCUCUCGUACUGAGGAGGGUCCCUCGGCGAGUGACCUUAAGGACGUUUUGGCUGAUGUCGGGAAAAUGUUGAAGGUGAUGCAGGCUACAAGCUUGAAGGCUAUCAGGGUGAAGUGCUCUGACUACCCCGAGGACUUGCCGGAUGUCAAGGAAGGUUCUCAAAAGAAAGCCGGUGUGGUGUGUGAAGAAGUCGGGACUUCCAUGCCUGAGACCGCGCCAACACCAGAGGACAAGCCUGAUGGACUCCUUGAUAGUGGUGCCAGCCACCCAAUGAGACCGGCAUCUGAAAGUGAGUAUGGUCAAGGGUCCCCAGUUUCGGUUACGCUGGCGGGUGAGGAUGUGAAGGUCCUUCGGCAGAACAACCAGGGGACGAUCUUAGUGAAGGAGAAUCAAGGGCCGAUCCAGUCCAUCGUACCCCUCGGCGCCGUCAUCCAGGAGCUUGGUUACACGUUGCACUGGAGUCCGACCCAGUUGAAGCUCACGCAUCCAGUGCGAGGACCGAUUCGGGUGAAGAUCCACAACAACUGCCCUGAAGUUGCGGCAUGCGAUGCUUUGGCUAUGAUCCGCGAGUUGGAGUUGAAGCAAGUGCAGACUUUGAAUAGUCAAGUUGAAACCUUGAGGGCCCGGUUGGAGGUCUUAAAGAAGGAGGACGACCGUGAUUGGUGCGAACUGAUGAAGGAGUACAAGGGAUGCGGCAAAAGAAGUGUCCUGCUAAAGGCCCUGCUCAAGUGCCCCUUUACCAAGACGUUGCCCUACGAGAUCCAGUCGAUGUUGCUUGAGGACUUUGAUUUGGAUGCGGGCCUGGACUACAUGAAGGUCUUGCCAUUCACGAGAAAAAGGCGAAAGGCCCUCAUGAAUUCUCAGAGUUGGGUCGUGUGCUUUUACCUUGGGGAGUUGGAGAAGAGUGAUCCUUUGAAAAUGGUGUCGGUUGGUGGAAAGACCCUACUGGAGGUGGAUAUGAAGUCCUCAAAGUUGUGGGAUAUCAAUGCCGCUUCUGGAAUAUACCGACUCCUCUUGUGGGCGGCGGCGAAAGGAAAGAUCACCGAUAUCCUUUUGUCAAUGCCUGACAGGUCGUGGCCAACCUCACAGACACCAACCCGUGGUGAAGGCUCCCUACCAAUGAGAACCAACCAAGCUCCGUAUGGCAGAAAAGACUUGCUACCACAUCAACAACAACAAGUGUGGACCGAGACAGCUUGCGCGGUGAAGCCAAUGCUCCUGUGGACUAUCGCUACAAUGGCCAACAAGGGCAACGUGGGCUAUAUGAUGGAGAUGCACUCUGAUCCUGAGUGGCUUCAUGGAGGAGAUUCACCCUUCGCCACAUGGUGGAAGAGCGAGACCUGGAAGGCCUUCAAGUCUGUUUCGGGUAUGAGGCAAUCUUCCUUUUACAUGGGAGGUAUGGGCCAUGCGGCAAAGAGACCAACAACAGUUGGAACCAACUACUUGAUGAUCAACCAGAACGACGGGAACUAUGAGUUCGGUGAUGGUUGUGACUACAAAGGGACCAAAGAAAAGAAAUGGGAUGCCAGUGGAGCCAGGUGGAAGAAAGGGUGGUACCGUGGACCUUCAACGGACGUUAGCAAGGGUCACCUUAUCCUUAGGGAGGACGGAGGACUCACCAUCGCAAAGAGUGUAAAGUUCAACGUGAUCGACCCCGAGAAGGACCUUCGUUAUCUACUACCACCGGCGACAGCACAAGGAGUUUCUCUUUCAGAUGGAGAAGAUGAUGAACCUCAGACAAAGAGGCAGCUGGCCGAGGAGAUUGAGUUUCUGGCUCGGAAGCUACUGGAUGAAGAGAACUUCUCCUUGGAAGAGGUCCUGGGUUUGUACAACAAGUUAGAAGAGCUCGGAGACACUGACAUGAGGAUUGGAAAGAAGGAAGCCGUGACCUCCUGGUACACUGGAGCCUUUGUUCAUGGAGGCUGUGCUGGGAUAAGAAGGAACUCCUACGUCUACCCCCAGACCACAAAGUACCUUGUUCGAGUCGCAAAACACUACGCGCAGGGUGAAAGUUUCUCUGCUCUUGGUAUUGCCCGGAACGCAACCCUUGGCCUACACCGAGAUGUUCACAACUUCAAGAAGUCCAACAAUGUCGUUGUGCCGAUAACUUCGUUCAAGGGUGGAUCCUUAUGGAAAUGGGACCCGGAUGUCUUGGAGGAUCAAAGUGUUCAAAAGGAGCUUCCGAACGGGCAGGUCGUAAAGGGAUCAAUUCAUGAAAUGGUCAAGGGCGUGCCGGUGAAGUUUGCCCCUGGACAAUGGCAUGAAGUUCAACCAUGGGAAGGAGAUCGAGUUGUUCUUCUUCUAUAUACCCCGAGGGCAUCAAAGUUGACAGACAAGGAUGUCGAGAGACUUGAGGACAUGGGUUUUCCGGUGAACCAUGAAUCCUUGAAAAGGGAGACCGAUGAGGCGGAUGAGGAGAGUGUGGAGAUUGAGGAGGAGAUCCGAGUAAAAACUUUGCAUGUCGAUCCCCUGUCUCCAACAAUGGCUUUCGUUGAGUUGGAUGAUUCCGACAUCUUUGAUGGAAAAAGGGCACCUACAACCACGCAUGGAGGUGAGGCUCGAAAAACCCUGAAGAAGGCUGAGGUACAGUACACUCCGAACAUUGUCAAGAAGAACAUCGACAAAUGGAAGGCCUCGGCCAUCAAGGAGUUUACCAACUUGAAGGAUGCAAAGAAUGCCUUUGUGAUCAAGAAAAAACAUGAGCUACCACCAGGGUGUCGGAUUGUUCCUUGCAAGGGCGUCUACACAGUGAAGCCGGAUAAAAACUCUCUGUUUCGUCGCAAGACACGGUUUGUUGCAUGUGGAAACCAUGUUCCAGAAGGUCAAGAAGGAAUGGACUUGUUUGCUACUGGCCUGGACGCAACAACUUUGAGGACAAUGCUCGCCUAUACCAUAGGGAAGCCUUGGAAAUAUGGCACUACUGAUAUACGACAAGCUUUUGUUCUGGCUCCGUGGUUGGGCUUACCGGUGGCACUGCAGCCUCCAGCGAUAGCCUAUGAGUUGGGAUUGGCUGAGCCGGGAGACUACUGGUUUGUCACUAUGUCGAUCUACGGCCUCAGGGAAAGUCCAGCUCUAUGGUCUCGGUUUAGAGAUGAGCAGUUGCGGAUGGCGAGAUGGUUUGCGGAGGUUGAAGGCCAGAUGGAAGAACUGAAGUUGGUUCAAAUGAUCACUGACGACCAAGUGUGGAAGAUUGUCAGGGCAAAUGGUGACCAGGAGCCGUUAGGCUACCUCAUGGUCUACAUAGAUGACUUGUUGAUCAAUGCCCUCCCUACAGUGAUGGACACGUUCUUCGGUUGGGUCGCUUCGAAAUGGGAAUGUGACAACCUGGAUGUCUUGGAAGUGGACCAUCCUAUCAGAUUUCUGGGUAUGGAGUUCCACCUUGUUGAUGAAGGGGUGGAGCUUGCCCAAGAGGGAUUUGUACGUGAACUACUACGAUCUCAUGGACAUGAUGGUUCAAGAUCCAAGACCCCGGGUGCGAAAGAAACCGUGGUGUUGACCCUGGAAGAGGAGGAGGCUAUGAUCUUGGCACAACCAGUGGAUCUGGAAGGAAAAGAGGACCAAGUCAAGGCAGCUCAGAGGGUUGUUGGCGAACUUCUAUGGUUAACAGGCCGUACUCGUCCCGAUCUUCAAUAUUAUACGGCGCUGCUUUCCUCAAGAAUUACCAGGUGCCCGGAGAUUGUGAACCAGGUUGCGAAUAGAGUGUUAAACUACCUCGCAGAGACCCUCCACUACAGGAUCAGGUUUUCAAAGAAUGAGGAAAAUACCGAAGCCCUCCAUGUGUUCACCGCUUCGAGCUUCGCUCCAAGUUCGGGGCGUAGUCAUGGGUCAGCAGCCGUGUUCUACGGUGACAAUCCAAUUGCCUGGAGAUCAUCUCGUCAGAGUCUAGUCACUCUGUCGACGGCAGAAUCAGAGCCCCUGUCCCUUUACCUCCACAUCGACAACCAGUCGGCGGUGAUGUUACUCCAAGGUUCUUCGGGCUCAUGGCGCACUCGCCAUUUGAGGCUACGAUCUAACUUUGUAAAGGAGAAGAUCCAGCACAAGGAGCUCCAGGUUGUUUUUGAGCCCGGAAUUUCACAGAGGGCUGACUUGGGAACCAAACCACUUCCUAAGGAUCGAAUGGCUCAGCUUUUACGGCUUUGGAAUGUUGUUGAUCGCCGACCAGAGGUUCAACCUACGAUUCGAGCAAUGGCAACGAAUAAUUCCUGGUUGAUGAGGUUGCUGAUGCUUUGCCAGGUUUGCGGUGUUCGAUCAGAAAGCGGUCAAUUGCAAACCGAGAUCCCCUGGGACUUGUAUGUGGCUGUGCUGGUGAUUGCGAUUGUGGUCAUUUUCCUUUGGGAGACUUCAAAGAGUUGCACUCGAGGAAGUGAUGUGAGACUGCGGGCUUUAAGGGCGAGAGCUGGAUAUGGAAAGAUGUCGAGGAAUGAGCUGAAGGAGCUUCAAAGGCUCUUGGCCCUGGAACCGAGUGAUCUGUCGGAUGCUCAGGGAGUGAGACUCCUCUACUUGAGGGACCUCUUUGAGACCACGAUGCCUUCUGGCACAUCUCCGGAAGCUGAGCUAAUCAAAGGCGUCCGUGUGCGCUUUCUCGAGGCUGGACAAGAUCGGACAAUCGACAGCAAGGCGCAAUAUCCCAAGGCCAUCGAGGUCACGGGCAUGUCGGCGCAGGCGUCGGUGUUUGAUCUGAGGAAGAAAAUUGCGGCGAUGGAGGAUAUGCCGCUGGAGGACAUCAACCUCUUUGCAGCAGAGAGCGUCCUCUCGGAUGAAGUGGUGCUGCAUGAAGUCUACAUGGACUGGAUGGGUUCUGGCAUCGACGACUGGCCUCCCAGAUUCAUCGUCAAGCCCCGAGUGAAGGGCUUCGAAAUCCACGUCUUGGUGAAGCCGAUGCGCGACACGUCCGACUGGGACAAGGGGCGCUUGAUGAGCUACCAGGAGCAAACCCUGAUCUUCGAUGUGAUGCCCACCACGAAAGUGAAGGACUUGAAGUUCCUCAUCGCUGGGAGGAUUGGCAUCCCUGCCAGCAGACAUCAGCUCUCAGCGCACAUCCGUAGAAGCCUGCACAAUCUUGGCGAGUACAUUGACCUAGACGAUGAUGAGAAGACGCUGGCUGACUAUGAGCUGGACAAGUACUGCGUAUGCAUUCGGUUCGAAAAGGCCCAGUUUGAUGCGAAUGGUGACUACAUCUUCGACGAUGCCUUCUAUGAUGAGAAGGGUUACCAUCCGCAGCCAGCCGGCUGUUGGAUACCACAGGAUUCCAUCGCGGAUCGCCGGCGUCCGGAUGCGAACACUGUGGAUCCGAAUCAGCCACUCAGUAUCGUCAGCGACCGUCGUGCCGCGGAGCGUGGGUAG